UGCUAGGGACACGGUGUGCCGGGCUGGGCUCUGGAGGGGGGUGUGAUCGUGCCGGUUGAUGUCUGUUGCUCUUUGGAUCUCACUGCCCUGGGUCCCAGCAUGGUCAUGGCGGAUUGUCAGAGGCAUGUACAGAGGGGUCCUGUCCGGGUCGGAUUCUAUGACAUAGAACGCACUUUAGGCAAAGGGAAUUUCGCCGUGGUGAAGCUGGCCAGGCACCGAAUCACCAAGACAGAGGUGGCAAUAAAGAUUAUUGACAAGUCUCAGCUCGAUGCUGUAAAUUUGGAGAAAAUCUACCGGGAAGUAGAAAUAAUGAAGAUGCUGGAUCAUCCUCAUAUUAUCAAGCUUUACCAGGUUAUGGAAACCAAAAACAUGCUUUACCUAGUGACAGAAUAUGCCAAAAACGGGGAGAUCUUUGAUUACUUGGCUAACCAUGGGCGUCUCAGUGAAGCAGAAGCCAGGAGGAAGUUUUGGCAAAUCCUAUCUGCAGUGGAGUACUGUCAUAGUUGCAAUAUAGUCCAUCGGGAUUUAAAGGCUGAAAAUCUCUUGUUAGAUAACCACAUGAACAUCAAGAUAGCAGACUUUGGUUUUGGCAACUUUUACAAGACCGGAGAGCCUCUAGCAACGUGGUGUGGAAGCCCACCAUAUGCGGCUCCAGAAGUGUUUGAAGGGCAACAGUACGAGGGACCACAGCUGGAUAUAUGGAGUAUGGGUGUUGUUCUGUAUGUCCUGGUAUGUGGUGCAUUACCAUUUGACGGUCCUACACUCCCCAUACUGAGACAAAGGGUUCUGGAAGGGAGAUUUCGAAUACCAUAUUUUAUGUCUGAAGAAUGUGAGCACUUAAUCAGGAGGAUGCUGGUGCUAGAGCCUUCAAAACGUUUAUCCAUUGCUCAGAUCAAAGAGCACAAGUGGAUGAUGACUGAGGUGCCAGUACACCGGCCUGUCCUCUACGCACAGAGUCAUGAAAAGGAGGCCUCUAUUGGGGAACACAACGAACAGGUCCUGAGACUCAUGCAUAGCUUGGGGGUUGACCAACAAAAGACAAUAGAGUCCUUACAGAACCGCAGUUACAAUCAUUUUGCUGCAAUCUAUUACCUGCUAGUGGAGAGGCUUAAAUCUCACCGAAGCAGCUUUCCAGUAGAGGCUAGGAUUGAUGCCCGCCAGCGACGACCAAGCACAGUUGCUGAGCAGACAGUUGCCAAGACAAGCACAGUGGUGUCUCCAGUGAACCUCAUGCCACAAAAUGUGAUGAUGAUGAGAGCGCCUAUACUUCUAGAAGCCUCCACUGUAGAGCCAUUCCCAUACCCACAAAGCAGCUGCCAGGCUGAAUCAACAUUCCUAGAGGGGGAAGCGGUGAAUACACCAUUGGUUAACGGGUGUCUUCUGGAUCCUCUGCCCCCCGUGACAGUACGGAAAGGUUGCCAGUCCUUGCCAUCAAAUAUGAUGGAAACAUCUAUUGACGAGGGUAUAGAGACAGAAGAUGACUCUGAGGAUGAUCCUUCCGCAACAUUUGCAGCAUUUCAAGGCAGACAUAGUGGUCAAAGGCGGCACACGCUGGCAGAAGUUACCAACCAGUUAGUAGUAGUGCCCAAUAUGGCAUCAGACAUGGAAGGUAAACUCUUCAGUAUUGGUAACCACCCUUCUCUCGGAAGCGUGGACUCAGAAUAUGACAUGGGAUCUAUUCAGAGUGACCUAAAUGUCCAAGAGGACUCUGGGGUUUUGAAAGAAGUAGCUAUGGCCAACCAGUCUGUCACCAGGCUAACACCACCAUAUAUAGGACUGCGACCUACCAAUUUGCCCAUGCCAGCUAUGGCUUCCCAAAAACGGGAAGCUCACAAUAGAUCUCCUGUGAGUUUUCGAGAAGGUAGACGGGCAUCUGACACCUCAUUAACACAAGGAAUCGUGGCAUUUCGUCAGCACCUUCAAAACUUGGCAAGAACCAAGGGUAUCCUAGAACUCAAUAAGAUUCAGAUGCUGUACGAACAGAUUGGACCCACUGAAGAUCCCAAUGCCAUCAGUAUACCUCAUCAGUUCCAAGAUCCCAAUAAUCCACAGGAUUUGUCCACACAACUUCCAAAUAUGCCUGCAUUCCCCAAUGGUAUGCAGCCACAGCUACUAUCUAGGCGUCAGAGUCUGGAGACACAGUAUUUACAGCACAGGCUGCAGCAAGGGAAUCUGCUGGUGAAAACGCAGAAUAGCUGCCAGCUGUAUUGUAAAGAAGCACCCAGAAGUUUGGAGCAGCAACUUCAGGAACACAGGCUCCACCAGAAGCGCAUGUUCCUACAGAAGCAACCACAGCUGCAGGCUUACUUCAACCAGAUGCAGAUAGCAGAAAACACCUAUCCCAUGCAAGGUCAGCAGCUCCCAUUGUCACACCAAGAAACAACACAGCAGAACCAGUUCAGCUUUUCUCAGCCACUGAGUCCAGUGUUGGAACCAGCUUCUGAUGAAAUUCAGUAUGAUCCAUUCUUAAGUCAGUAUCACGAGCUUCAUUCCCAGCAGAUGCAACACAUGAUACAGCCCAGCCCGCAGCAGGUGGUAACGCAGAUCCACAUACAGCAGCCAUCUGUACAGUAUGGUUAUCAGACCUGUGAAUUACCACCAGUGCAAAGACAAGAACCAGAAUAUGCAACUCAAUGCCAGUAUUCUAUUAAUUCAGCACAGCAAGUCAAUAUGGCAUUAAAUGAAAACCAGGGCAGCCCAACAGGACAUAAUCCUCAGACAUCAUAUGAAACCUUAACCCUCAAUGAACCCUUUGACUGUGAGAUGAUGGAAACCGUUGACUCUCAACACAGUGGCUAUGUCUUGGUCAACUAGCCCAUUCUCAAACUAUUAAAAUUGAAACAUAGUAGUAAGGUGAAAUAUGUAGAAGGAGACAGUCUGUUUAACUGUUUUAUUUUCUUUCGGUCCAACUCAAGUAAGGAUCUCUAUGUCAUGACUUCUGUUGUGUAAUCCAUCUUGCAGAUCUGACUUGUAAUGUUGGAUUUUCAUGUCACUAGUCCAAGAACCUUGGAGAAAAGUGACUAGGAGUUAUGCGGAUCUUCUAGUGAAGAAAACACUGGACUUUCCACAAAAAAAAAGCACCAAUUGAAUCUUUUUGCUAAGUAUGGUGGUCCUCCGAGGACCGACAAUAUGGAGCUCUCGUUAGACGAAGCGCCAUUAAAAGCAAUAUUUUUUUUUGUUGUUUUCUCAAGGAAACUUUGUAGAGUGAAGUGAACAUUAUAAGCGAAGGCUUCUAUUACAGUGGAUUUUAGAAAACCUUAUAAACUAAGCUACUGAGAUAGGCAACAAGCACCUUUUUUACUGAGAAGCUAAGAAAUCAUUCUGGUUAGUGGAUUCAACACUACUGUUCGGAGUGACUUAUGUUGAUGUUAUAUUCAUGAAAUGUAGAAGUUUGGUAUGAUAACCUAACUUAAAGAGAAAAGCGAAGGACUCAAAUUGGUGAUGGUCCAGUAUUGACUAUACAGAGAAAUUAAGCUUCUCAUUUCACAUGGACAAUGUUUUAAGGGAGCCAUUUUGUUGGCAGAAUAGGAUGAUUGUCAUAAAGUGUUGCAGACUGUGCGGACAUUCUGCUGAUGUCUCCCUUCCAGAGGCAAAACAGGUUACGAGAGAUAACACAAUUGUUACAGAACUGACCGUUUUUAACCAGAUGAAGAAAUAAUAAUCUUGACUGUGUUUUCAGGUCACAGUAAUGCUAUAUGUUGCUGUUUGUUGACAAAGCUUUGUACAUUUGGUAAAUCCUUAGAUUUUAGUCAGGAAAACACAAAAUGAGCUAUAAACUGUGUGAUGUGUGGUAGUUUUGUGCCUUUAUGGGUUCUUUUUCAUAACAGAGUAUACUUUUUCUUUUUUGGAGAAAAAAAAAGUUAGACCAUACCCCAUUUAUAUCAAUGCUACAUCCAAAGUCGAUUCAGAGUUUGUGUGUAUGUAUGUCUGUUCCACUGUGUGGAAUGCAAAAGAGUUUAAUUAAUGUUUUUGAUUGCUCAUGUGUAGAAAAACAAAGUUUUUAAAAAGUAUUAUAGCAAUAUUUAAUUCUAUUUAAUGUCAUGAACUGUUGAUAUUAGCCAUGGAUAUGGAUGUUUCAUGAAAAUGAUGAAGUGAUUAAGUAUUUUACCCUAAAAGCAGA